UAUCUCUGUAGCGCGUAUCUUUCGCUGCUUUAAGGAUAUUCAUCAUCAACUUGUUCUGAAUGCUUUAUUCGCGCGAUUCUGAUCUCCCUCUCGCCUCUUUUUCCCAAAAGAAAAAUCCCUCGAUUCGUGCCGUCUCGCGAAGCAAUCGGGGGUCAGUUGUGAAGCCCAAGCAACGAACGAUUUCGUCCGGAUCCGCCCCCCCCAAAUGGGUGUCGGGCGAUCGGGGUCGGGAGUUCGAAAUUUAGACCGACGAUGCUUUGCUUUCUCAUAGCGGGCUCUUGGCUUUCGGCGUUGGAUUGCUAGAGCUUCGGUAGCGGAUUGAUGGCGGAAAUCGUGGGGCCUCGGAUAUAUAGCUGCUACAAGUGCCGUAAUGAUGUUUCGAUGCAUGACGAUAUCAUAUCUAAGACUUUCCAGGGAAGAAAUGGCCGAGCUUUUCUGUUUUCUCAUGCAAUGAAUAUUGUUGUUGGGCGCAAAGAGGAUAGGCAUCUCCUAACUGGUCUUCACACUGUUGCUGAUAUCUUUUGUGCCGACUGCCAUGAGGUGUUGGGAUGGAAAUACGAGAGAGCUUACGAAGCUUCGCAGAAGUACAAAGAAGGUAAAUUCAUACUCGAGAAAGCAAAGAUUGCCAAGGAAAACUGGUAGCACUCCACGACGCUUAUGAGCCGCCUGCUUUCGACUAUUUCCAUCCUAAUUUGAUCCGUUGAAUGUUGCUAAUGUUUGUCCUGUGCAUAGAUGUUCUCCCAAUUGGAAAUGUCAUUGUUUCUCACUGUCGAUUCUUUCCAUAUGCUGUGUAAAUGUGGAUGCCUCUCAAAAUGAUCGUCACUCUGUUUUUUGGUGAA